CCAGGUACCAAUCACACAGACUGAAAAGCUUUCUCUUUAGUGAUUAUGAUCUCACAGGAUGGAAAGACGAACAUUAUGGGUCAUGUAGCUGCAUCUACAUGCCUCACAGACACAAAAUGGUGUUCUUUAAAUCGUAUAAAGGCUAAAAGUAACAAAGAGAAGAGAAGCAGCAAGCAGCCAGGGAUGGACUUUCUGUGUCCCCCCGUGCUGGUCGACAUGCUCAGUCACCACUGGAGGGACAUACAGGAUGGCUUCUCUGACCCUGCUGAGCUCAAUAAGAUUCUAGUGUUCCAAAGUGAUGAGCUGAGGUGGACUGCACAGAAACGUGGCCUCUGGUCUUUGGAAUACAAGCGGGAGCUGACGAGUCCACUGUGCAUUGCUGCAGCACAGGGUUUUACUGACUGCCUACUGUACCUGCUUGAGAAUGGAGCACAUCCUAAUCUCAGUGCAGGAGGAAAGGCGGCACUUCAUGAGGCAUGCACAAAUGAAAACACUAAAUGUGCAGAGCUACUCCUAGAGCAUGGAGCCAAUCCCAAUCAGCUGACAGAGGACGGACUGGCACCUUUACAUAUGUGCAGGACACCCCAAUCACUCCGCUGUGCCAAGGCCCUGGUGCGUCAUGGCGCUAAUGUAAACCUUCCUACUGAGGAAGAAGAGGACACUCCAUUACUUGUGGCUGCAAGGCAUGGCCUGCCAUACCAUGCCCAGCUAUUCCUGCGAUAUGGAGCAAACAUCAACCACACCAGCAGCUCAGGAGAAACAGCAUUAGGUGCUGCAUGUUUGGAAGCUCAGCAAAUGCCGGAAGAAGAUCAGGAUGAGGGACACCUUCAAGUCUGCAGUCUUCUUUUGAGUUAUGGUGCUAACGUGAAUCAAGCUGACAAUGAACAUCGCACUCCUCUUCAUAAGGCUGCCCGCAAUGUCCAGAUCAGCUUGGUGCAGCUUCUUUUGAAUCAUGGGGCAGAUAUCAAUGCCAUCGAUUACAAUGGUUGCUCACCACUGUCAAACGUGCUCCAAAACGCUAUAUUACGUCAGAAAUGGCAGCCAGACAUUGUGGUUCAGACCCUGUUAAACCAUGGAGCCAUUAAAGUAUGGCCACAGGCAUUGCUGAAGGUAUUAACAGCCUGUGCAGCUGCUCCAAAAACUGUGGAAAUUAUGUUCAACUCCUACACGCUUGUACCUGUAACAUAUAAAUGGGCUGAAGCUAUUCCUGAAGACAUUUUCAAACUUUACAGGUCAUUCUAUGACUCUCUUUUUGCACUGGAAUACAAACCUCGCUGCCUGCAGCACCUGUGUAGAUCUGCACUAAGAAAGCACUUUGGGAAAUACUGUUACUUAUUUAUCCCCCAGCUUCCUGUCCCAAAGAUGCUACAAGACUAUCUCCUAUUGAAACCUGAAGGCUACAUCAACUAGAAGAGUGGAGGUUAACACAGUAUUUAAAAAAAAAAAAAAAAAACAUUCACUGAUACUGAAAUUGAUAUGAAAUUGCAUUUUUAUUGUAAAACUGUUACACCAUGACUUUACUUUAAUCUGCCAACUGAGAAUGUAUGCUUGUUAUGAUUAUUUUGCUUUUUUACUAUGUGUACUUAACAAAACAAACAGUUUGUUUUUAUAGUGGACUUGUGGUGUCAUUUAAUCACUUGUAUGCAUAAGGUUGUGCUCAUUUUUAAGAUUGUGCUGAUGUGUUGAAAGAUAUCUUUUUAGAGCUUCAUAUUGUUUACUGCUAAACAGAGUUCUGUUUUGAUAAAUAAAACUAUUUGAGAUUUUCCUCUAACACUGCAUGUCAUUUGUAAAAAGCAGUAUGAGAUUCUGAAAAUGAGCUUAAAGUAGAGGUUAGCACUUAAAAUAUCUUAAAGGUGCCAUAAAAUAAAAAUCCUGACAUCU